GUGUUCUUGCAGGCGAUUGGCUGGAUUGCUAAGGAGGCGGAGUCGACGUGGCUGGCAGACCCUGAGUAGUCCACAAUCCCUGGCUGUGUUGGUCUCUACAACGUAACUAUGAAGGUCACCAUCUUUUUGCUGAUGAUUCUGAAAGAAGUCCAUGCCAAUGUCCAACCGCAGAAAAACUUUGAUCUUCAGAGGUUUGCAGGGAGGUGGUAUCGGAUCGGUCUGGCCUACGAUUCUCCAGGUUUUGUGCCACACAGAAGCAAAGUCACCAUCUCUAUGGGCACAGUGGAGCCACAGGACAACGGGAACGUCAACAUGACCAUGUGGAGUUUAACUUCGUCUGGUUGUAAGCAAAAGAUCUACAUUUAUGAGAAGACGUCUGUGUCCGGCGUAUUUAACUACUACAGCACUCGUCAUAGAAGGAUGAAAGAUGUUACUGUGGUGGAGACAAACUACAGUGAAUAUGCCAUGGUCGUCAAACACAAGAAGAUGAACAAGGAAUACACACAAGUGUCCCUUUAUGGUCGUGCUAAGAAGCUGAAGGCUGAUUUGAUGGAGAAGUUCAGAGCGUAUGCAACAGCUCUUGGAUUCUCCAAAGAGUCCAUACUGACUCCACCAACUGCCAGAAACUGUCCUCCUAAAGAAGCAAGCCAGAGUUUCAUUCAAGUAAAAGCCGGUUAUUAAUCACAUGGUUUUUAUCGACCAUCCUUUUUUUUAACUUGUUUUGUCUUUAUUCUUUAUCUCCUGAAAAGCAUGAGAAAUACAAGUUCAUUUGUAAAUAUGUGCAAAAGUUAAUGUGCAGUACAUUGAUCGUUUUUGAAAGCAGACUCUGGGCUUUUUCAGA